UUAUUCUCACUAUAGACUCCUAGAUUGUUUGAGUUUCGAAAAACAUCGAAGUUCAACAUCAUUUGGAAGUAUUCCCGUACAAUUGAAAAUGUCUCAAGCGCCAUCAUUCUACCCAUAUGCGACAGAUACGGCCCCAUCCUGCCGUUCCGCGCGCUCGAGCUGGUCAAGGAUUUUAGGGCCUUUUGAUCUACAUGAUCGUGAGCUUCUCUCGAUCCAAACCUACAUGCCGGAAAUACUCCAACACGAAUGCGCUUGGGCGAGCUUUACAAUAGCAUUUUUCGUGUCGUAUUUAUUUUCCUGGUAGUGCUGGGAAUACUGACAUUUUUUUUGAUCCGAAUACUAGUUCUUAGAGUUAGAUGUUGGAGGCAGUGCAAAGUUGUCAAUCGAGCCACAAGGUGUCCUCGUACAAAUGACAAAGCUGUGAUAUAUAUAGAGCUUCAUGCAUCAUAACUAUCUUAAGAGUUACGAUUUGUGGUUUGAAACGUCGACUAUUCCUUAGCACUGCCGCUGUUUAGCUUCUCUGCUUAUCAUCGUACUUUGUACUGUUAUUUUCGCUCGUCAUCCUCUCACCCCCCUUUGAAGGCUUCUAGACCCAAAUUCGCAUCAUAAUGUGGCGCUGGGCAUAGACGAGUGGAUGAUGGGGUUCAACCCGAAGCAUACCUCGUGAGAUCCCUAGCAUGAAUAGCCUUAAGUGUCGGGUUUAGGAGUCGAAUCCUAGGGAUACUACCCAAAUCCGAUCGAUCCGGAAGGUGAAUUCCACCAUCAAAAAUUUGGGCACGAGAAUUUAUAGAGAGAAUGUGCUUUCUAAUUGAGUAGCCUGAAAACAAGUGGCGGGUAUUCAUUGGUUAUGAAACCUUAAAAAGAGCUAUGAUUGGGAGAUUGUACCACUGUCAUUUACUAUUGGAUAACUGUACGAUGCAAGAAUUACUCGCGCUACCGCAGCCUCAACUCAGAGGUUUCCGGGGGGUCUACAAUGACUAUGGGUCGAAAAUUUGCGUUUUGAUGGCCACGGUCUCUCAGCAUACUGUUGGAGGUAUUCCGGGUGUAAAGAUGGAUUUCUCUAUAUAUGUAGCAGGUGUUCGAAGUAUAUUGUUUCCAUCAUCAAUCGGAUCAUUACCACUGAAUCAACUGUCUCAAUGUCUAUGCCUACGUUCGUGUGUGUUCCUGGCUUUUGCCACACUUCAGCUAUAUUUGAUCCCCUCAGAACCCUUCUCGGUCAUUACGGUUAUCCUGUCCUUCCAGUUCAGCUUCCAUCAGUACUUACGAAUGGAAAUCACGCGUCAAACGAUCCUGCGCAGGAUACUAGAGCAAUUCGAAGUUCAGUGUCACAUCUUGUAGAAGCAGGUCACGAUGUCAUUUUGGUCUUACAUUCUUAUGCUGGUGUUCCAGGCGGUGAUGCUUUGCAAGGCUUAGGGAAAACAGAGAGGGCACAAAGAGGCCUCAGAGGUGGAGUUUUACGGAUCGUUUUCGUCAUGGCAUGGAUUGUGCAGGAAGGGUUUAAAAUGUGCGAAGAAGGAGACUAUAGUUCUUUUCCACCAUAUAUGCAGCAUAAUACAGCUUCACGUAAAAAGGCUGUUACUGUGUCUAUCCCAUCUACAUCGGCAAUUCAAUACUUUUACAAUGACCUACCGCAUGAGCACGCCGAAUAUUAUUCACACAUCAUGCGCCCCCAAGCCACAUCGGUGUUAUAUCACAGAACGACAAUGGCGGCAUGGCGCACAAUUCCCACCACAUACGUUCUGUGCCCACUAGAUAACGUAUUAACAGAUGCAUACGCCCGACUCAUGCUUAGUUCGGCCCAGGAAUCAGGUAGUAAUAUCGAUACUAUAGAGGUAUGCGAGGGGGCGGGGAGUUGCUGUUGGUUGGGGUCCGGAGCCGAUUCGUUCGCGAGGAUCUUAAGGCGGGCCGCAGGAGAGUUGGUAUGAGCGCGUAAGGCAACGAAGCAUGGAUCGGCACUUUAAAAUGCAUGUAAGAUUGGAAUUUGGCAUUGGAUUUAAAUGGACGGAAGGUUGGAACUUGGAAUGGCGGGGACGAAUCUUGGCGUGGAGGCGGAAAUCUUUUGGGGUCGGAGUUUCGG